GCGAUACGAAAUCAAGCUUUUCGACUCGUGGCAUCGAUUUUUUUUUUGUUUUAGCUGAUUUGACUCCACCGCACGUCCGCCUCGGGUCCACAAUUGCAGACCCGCUACCGCUAGCGUGCGUAAUGUAUCGUAGAGAGGAAACACAGUAAAUAGACGGACCCGUCCAUCUGCAAUAAAGAGGAAACGAAGAUGGUGAUGAUGAUGGCUUCACCAAAUUUAGCCUCCAAAUGCUCGACAGCAAUGGCGAAGCCUUCCCUCCCCCUGAAGCUGUUUCUCUGGGUGUUUAUUGUCGUUAAUCUCCCCACAAGCUCCUUCCAGACUGAUGACGAUGAUGAGGUGUCUAACAAGACGUGGGUGCUGACUCCCAAAGUGUACGAGAGUGACGUCACACACAUCCUAAACAGCCUACUAGAUGGAUAUGACAACAAACUCAGACCUGACAUCGGAGUCAAACCGACAGUGAUCCACACAGACAUGUUUGUCAACAGCAUCGGUCCAGUAAAUGCCAUCAAUAUGGAAUACACCAUCGACAUCUUUUUUGCUCAGACCUGGUACGACAGAAGGUUAAAGUUCAACAGCACGAUGAAGGUUCUGCGCCUCAACAGCAACAUGGUUGGGAAGAUCUGGAUCCCAGACACUUUCUUCCGCAACUCGAAGAAGGCUGAUGCCCACUGGAUCACCACGCCCAAUCGCAUGCUUCGAAUCUGGAAUGAUGGUCGAAUACUAUACACCCUCAGGUUGACCAUCGAUGCCGAGUGCCAGCUUAAACUGAACAACUUCCCAAUGGAUGAACACUCAUGUCCCCUGGAGUUUUCAAGCUAUGGCUACCCCAGGGAGGAGAUUGUGUAUAAGUGGAAAAGGAGCUCAGUUGAGGUUGGGGACAUUCGCUCCUGGAGGCUCUACCAGUUCUCCUUCGUUGGCCUGAGAAACACCUCUGAGAUUGUCAGGACAGUCUCAGGAGACUAUGUGGUGCUGACCGUCUUCUUUGACCUGAGCAGGAGAAUGGGCUACUUCACCAUUCAGACCUACAUCCCAUGCACCCUGAUUGUUGUCCUCUCCUGGGUCUCAUUCUGGAUCAACAAGGAUGCGGUACCUGCCAGGACAUCAUUGGGCAUCACAACUGUGCUGACCAUGACCACGCUGAGUACUAUUGCCAGAAAAUCCCUUCCAAAAGUUUCCUAUGUGACUGCCAUGGACCUGUUUGUCUCUGUCUGCUUUAUCUUCGUCUUUGCUGCACUUAUAGAAUAUGGCACACUGCACUACUUUGUCAGCAACAGGAAGCCGAGUGCCAAAAAGGACAAGAAGAAGAAAAACCCGCUCCUCCGGCUCUUUUCCUCAAAGCAGACACCCACGGUAGACAUCCGUCCACGCUCGGCCACGGCUAUUCAGAUGAACAACGCCACGCACAUGCAGGAGCGAGACGAGGAGUACGGUUACGAGUGUCUGGACGGGAAGGACUGCACCAGCUUCUUCUGCUGUUUCGAAGACUGUCGCUCCGGAGCCUGGCGGCACGGCAGGUUGCACAUCCGCAUCGCCAAGAUAGACUCAUAUGCACGCAUCUUCUUUCCCACUGCAUUUGGUCUCUUCAACCUGGUCUACUGGGUCUCCUAUCUCUAUCUCUAGGCCUGGGUGUGCGUCCAGCCUUAUCAUACAGUUCAUUACAUUCUACAUAUGCUCUGUGCCAGCAAGGGACAUUUUGAAGGAGGGGACCCACUGAAUUACCCAAUGAUUUGAUUUAGAGAAAAAAAAAUAUUUUUAGUUGCAAUCUCUUUGAAUUUUAGUCAUUUCAUUUAAAACUUUGACAGACACUGCAAAUGUUGUAGCAUUACAUUAAAACUGGUAUGAGGACGUUUGUAGAUUUGUUGUGAAAACAUUGAUUGUGUGAGCAACAGUCUUUAGUUUUAUUGUUUUUGUUUUCAUGAUUUGAUUUUGGACGUUUUAUUUUGAAAUUUACUGUUAGUUUCGAAUCAGUUAUUUUUAGACAAAUACAUUCAUACUUCCAUCGUAAACAAUUCAAAUUAAUAGCAAUUCAGAUCACAAUAAAAAAACGCCUAUCAGAAAAAUCUAAAUUACAUUAACUAUGUCUUAUCAUUUAUUUCCACUUGGUUUUUUUGGGUUUUUUUCACUCAACAUACUAAAACGCAAAAUCUGAAGCACUUUAAUAGAGCUAUGUUUGACAGUGACAUUAAAAAUCAUUUUGAUUAUGCUCAUUUAUUUUUAAUUUAUUUAGUGUUGGCACAAUUAAACAUUGCAUUUUCUAUGUGUGGUCAGAGAGAUGAUGCUGUUUAUGGACAAUGCUCAACUGUACAGACACUGUAUAUAUUUUACUAUUACAUAGUGGUUUACAUUUAUUGCAUGCACCUUUCAGGCCAAAAAUCCACAUGUUUUUUGGUCUUCUAUUGUUGGCUAUGGAAACUAAAAAAUGAGCACUGUUGAUUAUCAUUCAGGAUUUAAUUCUACUUUUUUCUAUGAAAAUUGGAAAAAUAGGUGAUAAAAAUGUGCCCAGUUUAUCCUUUAAGUUGAGGAAUCAUCUUUGCAUACAGGUGGGAGGAUCAGCCCAGAAUUUCAGGCCAGACAACUGGUUUAAUCAUUUUCCUCGAAGCCAUUAGCUUACUGUAUAGACAACACUGACCUCUCAUCCUCUCCUCCAUUUGCUGUUAAAAGCGAGCAUUUACAUAAUGACACACUGCUGUUGUAUUUUGGUUAUGCAAGCUUUUACAAGAGAAACUACUAAAACAAGUUAGGUGUUCAUAAAAAAUAAGCAUUUGUUGUUUCCCCGUUACAUUAGCAGAGCGAUAACUGCAACUGCGGUUUGCCUUCAAACAGAGGAAUUCCAACUAAUCUACACUACCUACAGGCAGUAGGGCAUUUUAAAAUUCCUCAGAAGUUUUUUUUCUUCAUUUUCUUUUUGUUUUUGGUUUUUUCUCAUUAAAAUUUGAAUGCCGUAAUGUUGUGUGACGAGAGCGGAAUACACGGCGAAAACAUCUGAAUUGUAAAUGUUGUGUAUGAUAACAUAUAACGCACAUAAAUUACAGCCCCUUACAGAUCAAUUUUGAUAGACACCAGUAUGCAACAAAUGGAGAAAGUGCUUCAGUAUAAUUUGUAAACUCACAAGGAAUAGGUGUAAAUCACAUUGUUUAUGUAUAUAAAUUAUAAAAGGAAGCAAACACUUGUCAAGCCCUUGGGAUUUUGUAAAAGGGUAUAUAUUUUGUAAUUUCAGCAUUGUUACAGUAUAUCAUCAUACAGUAUAUUAGACUUAUUGUAUUAUGCUGGACUGACCAUGUAGAAUACUUUGGGGUAAUGGGUAUUUAUUUAUUUAUUCAUUGAUGGUAUUUAUUUAUUUAUUUAUUGAAAGAAAUUGUAUUUUAUGUCCAUAUAGCCCCUGAAAAGAAACACAGAAUGCUGUCAUUUAUAUCAAAGAUACAUUUUUGUUGAUGUGUCAAUGGAGCUUGAGCUUAUUUAUCUUGUGUUUUCUAUGUUGUGAUCGAUGUACACUACUCUCACAAAGGCCUGUCAAACCGUUAUAUCUGUUGAAUUCGUGAGUCGCAACAUUACCUGUUGUGCAGCUUCUAAGUAGUAGACUUGAAUAUUUUCAGGGAAGAAAAAAAAAACAGUUCCCAAGCCACCAGAAGAAGAACAUUUGCUUGUCUAAGUGACUAUUAAUUAUUCCCAUUUCUUUUUUCACCGCCACAAGUUUCCAUUGGUCUUGAUAUUUGCCAUCAUUAAUAAAGCAUCAGUGAUGAUACUAGCAUAUGCAUUUACCACAUUAUCUCAUAUUUCCUGAACUUCUUUCCUUUUUUGUAUUCAAUGGUGGUCCAGUUGUGUUCCGAAGCUGCUACUUAGUAGUCUAAACCUGUCCUCAGUGUGCACAUACUCUAUCUCUCACAUCUUUAGGGACGUAAGUGUGUCAAUAGCAAUGUAGACUGGUCAUCAUCAGUGUUCAGUAGUUUACAGAAGUGUAAAAGAGUGAUCACAUCUUAUAAAGUGCCAAACUGACACACAUGCAAUAGAGAAUAUCAAACUAUAAUAUCAUUUGUGAAUCCACUUACACUGCUUUGUCAAAGACAAAACAGGUUAUGCUAAAGGUGAGUGUUUUCUUGAAGGAAAUGAAUGUUGGCCAUACCGAUGUUCCCGCAGACAUUUUGGGGGGGGUUUUGGUUUAGUUAAGUUUAGUUUUUCCUGUUUGUUUUUUUUAUUUACUUUUUUAUGGUACAGAACCAAAAGCAUGUAGACCAGACCAAUACAAAACCAGACACCUGGAAGACAUUUCUGAUUCAGACUGUAUCUGACUUUGACUUUAUUUACAAACCCAUUGUAUACCUGAUAACCAAGCAUGUCUUGUGUUUGAACAGUGGUGCAGAAAACAAACAUACUUUAUGGUAUUUUUUUCCAUGAUGGUAAAAGCUUGUUUAUUAUAUUUUUGUGCACUCUACUGUAAAUGCAGAGAUGUAACAGUGUAUGGGAGAUACUGAAGUGUGUUUAUAUUCAGUAGUGUGCAUGUUGAGUAUGUUUUAAGUCAAACAGGGAUGUUUUGAACGAUUGGGACUAAUUCAAGCAUCGUUUCAUCUGGUCUCAGUCCUUUGCCUGCAUUGACAUGGACUUUUAUUACACUGUACUUAUUUUUGACGAAGUGAUUUUAUUUACUUUGGGACCCACAAAUGAGACAUGUAUGUGAACAGCACAUGUAGAUAUUUUCUAUUGUUAUGUAUUUUGUCAAACUGCAGAAAACAAAAUAAUGCGCACUAGAGUUACUGAGCUCGGUAAAAGGUAUCCAAGAACAAAAUAAAUUUCAUAUGAUCCUCAUACAUACGGUAUGUUAGUUGUUUGCCAUUUGAGUAUUGUAUAAAAGGGGCACUGAUCAAUUCUGUUAGGGUCUGCAUAAUAUGCUAUACAUGUACUGGAAAAAAUCCUUUUCAUAAGGGAAUUG